AUGGAUUCCGAUACACUAACAGAACCGAUGGAGUUAAAAGUAUUGGAAUUGAUAAAAGAAGUGCAAAUUGAUCACUCUCCUUCUUUCACCAAGCUCGUAAACGACUCAGUUUCAUCCAUCCAAAAUUCUAUCAACAAAAUCCCUAACAACCUCACGGUUACUGGCGAGGAAGUGGCAGGGUUUGUUAGAGACGUUGGAGCGGAUAAAGUGGAUUUUAAGUUCAAGAAGCCGAAAUCGAUUGAAAUUGGUGGCAGUUAUUCGUUAAAGUGUGUCGUAAAGCCGGAUAUUAAUGUUGACCUUUUCAUUCAAUUGCCUAAGGAGUGUUUUCAUGAGAAGGAUUAUUUAAAUCACCGCUAUCAUGCGAAGAGGUUUAUUUAUUUAUCCAUAAUUAAGAAGUUUUUGAAUUUGGAUUCGUCAUUUGAAAAGGUUGAAUGGUCUACGCUUCAAAAUGAGGCCCGAAAACCUGUGCUGCUUGUCUGUCCAGCUGACAAGCUUGCCGAAGUUCCUGGGUUCGUUGUGAGGAUAAUUCCUACAGCGAAAUCUUUGUUUAAUGUUGCAAAGCUCGACUUGAAAAGGAACAAUGUCCGUGCUUUGAAUCAAGAUGGGACUCCUUUGCCUACACCAAGAUAUAACAGUAGUAUUUUGGAAGACAUGUGUUCAGAAUACAAUACAGAGUUUCUUAAGAAAACUUUUCUUGGAUGGAAGGCAUUGGGAGAGGCUUUAGUUUUGCUGAAGGUUUGGGCCCGGCAGAGAAAUUCUGUACAUUCUCAUGAUUGCCUAAAUGGAUAUCUUAUAGCUAUCAUAUUGUCAUAUCUUGUGGCUCAUGAGAAGGUUAAUAAUUCCAUGAGGCCACUGCAAAUAUUUCGUGUUACAUUGGAUUUCAUAGCCAAUUCAAAAUUGUGGAGUAGAGGGCUUUUCUUACAGAAGCAAGGUGAGGAUAGAAUGUUGUAUAAAGAAUCAUUUCCAGUUGUCAUAUGUGAUUCAACCACUCACAUCAAUUUGACUUUUCGGAUAAAAGGCAGUGGUUUCUCAGAGCUCCAAGAUGAGGCUGCUCUGACACUUAAAUGCCUUGAGAAAUCUGGAGAUGGUGCAUUUGAGGAUAUCUUCAUGACAAAGAUUGACUUUCCUGCUAAAUAUGAUUAUUGUGUAAGAUUGAACUUGAAAGGAAAUAGUGAGUUCUAUUCUUCUGGAUAUUGCUUGGAUGAAGAAUGUUGGAGAUCGCAUGAGCAAAAGGUACAGAGCCUUCUGUCUCAAGGACUGAGUGAUCGAGCCAGGUCGGUUCGUGUUAUUUGGAGAAACAUCCCUUCAGGUUGCAGUUUCGAAAAUGGUUUGUCAACACUUGAUGUAGAACCGUUGCUCGUUGGAAUUUCUCUAAGCUCUUUAGAUAAAGCAUUUCGAGUUGUUGAUAUUGGUGCCGAUGCAGAAAAUAAAGAAGAGGCUGCCAAGUUUCGGAAGUUCUGGGGGAAAAGGCAGAGCUUCGGAGAUUUAAGGAUGGUAAAAUUGCUGAAAGCACAGGUGAGGCUCUAUGUUUUAUGGGAAAGUGAGCAGUGGAGGAAACAUCUCAUUUUAAAAAGAAUAGUAGAAUAUAUACUUCUUCGUCAUCUUGCCAUAUCAAAAACCAGUAUUGAGCAAACUGUGGAUCAACUUGACUUCUCUCUAGUUCACGGUGUUGAAGAUCCUAUGUCAUUUUCUGCAAGUUUGCUUGGGGCAUUUGAUGUUCUAUCAAAGCGCUUGCGUCUUAUAGAAGACAUUCCCUUGAAGGUGUCCAGUGUGCAGCCUUUAGACCCAGCUUUCAGAUGCACAUCUGUCUUCCCUCCUGAACCACAUCCGCUAGCAAGUGAGAAGGGCAAUGUUCCAAGACUACAUAAGCUUCCUUCAUCCUGCAUCCAGCCAUUGGAAGUUAUGAUUCAGUUGGAAGGUUCCGGGAACUGGCCAAUGGAUGAUGUGGCAAUUGAGAAAACCAAAUCUGCUUUUCUUCUCAAAAUUGGAGAGAGUCUCGAAAAUAGCUGGGGGAUGACAUGUACUGCUACUGAAGAUGAUGUGGAUGUUUUUCUGUCUGGAUAUGCAUUUCGUCUAAAAAUUUUGCACGAGAGAGGCUUGAGCUUGGUGAAAAGAGAAAUUGGAAGUGAUCAAGGAAAGCGGGUAUCUUCUGUGGACCAGAAACUCUUUGUUUGCAGUCAGCAUUCUAGCAUGAUUAAUGGGUUGCAGGGUAUUUUCCCAAUAUAUGGGCCGGUUGUUAGGCUUGCUAAACGAUGGGUUGCUUCACAUAUGUUCUCGGCAUGCCUGUCAGAGGAGGCAAUCGAGUUAUUGGUCGCACAUCUCUUUGUGAAACCUUUGCCUUUCACUGCUCCUUGUUCACGCAUCACUGGAUUUCUAAGGUUCCUGCGGUUGCUAGCAGAGUAUGAUUGGAUAUUUUCUCCUCUUAUUGUUGACCUAAACAGUGAUUUCAACCCAAGUGAUAAGAAAGAGAUACAUGACAAGUUUAUGUUGACUAGAAAAGGUUAUGAAGAAAAUAGCCAAAACAUAAGUUCAGCAAUGUUCUUGGCAACAUCCUAUGACAAGGCAUCUGAAGCCUGGACCAGACUCUCACCGAACUUACUGGAACUUAAAAGGUUGGUGGCUUAUGCUUGUAGCAGUGCAAACCUGCUAACCAGACUCGUGUUGCGGGAUCAGACAGACUCUUACAGAUGGGAGUGCCUUUUCCGGACUCCUCUUAACAACUACAAUGCUGUAAUCCUUCUCCAUGGGGACAGAUUACCAUAUCCUCAACGUCUUCUCUUCCCAUCAAAAUUAAACCAUGGGAGGCUUGUGGCUCAUGGGAAUGCUAGUAAGGCUUUCCAGCCCUUUAUGUUACCCAGAGAUUUACGAGGGAGCUUAGAUGAACUGAAAAAUAAGCUAUUGGUGGACUUCGAUCCACUUAGGUGCUACAUUGCAGAUCUGGAGAAAGAAUGCAACAUAUUGAAGUCAUGGUAUGAUUCUCUGGGAGGCGAUGCUAUUGGACUGACAUGGGAGAGAUCUUGUUCAAAGAAACGGGAUCGAGACGAAGCAGGUGAGGAAGAAGACCCAAUUGAUGUCUUAAAGGCUGUAGGUGAAGCUGGGAAAGGGUUUGUGAAGAGUGUACAUUUUCUCAAGGCUCCAAGGCUCAUGAAUUAA